AAGUGUUUGAAAGCAAAAUGGCGGAUACACAAUUAGAAAAAGAAGCAGACGGUCAGGAAUGUGUCGACAGUACUGAUACUACACAUAAGGUCGGGUCAGUGAAGCAGCCACCUAAAAGAUGUUCCUCCGGAAGCCCCACCACAGCUUCGCCGCACAAAUCUCUCUGCACAGAUGUCCCGUCAUCCGCCAGUCAUACACCAGAUACAGUAGACAGACAAGAACUACAGACAGAAUCCACAGAGGGACAUGACAGUCCUUUGCGGAGAAAGUCCUGGAGGAGAGAAACCAAAAGUCGACAUUCUCUCCCUGCACUUUCAAACCCAUAUCAGAUUUUGUGCAGGAAUAUCAGUCCAUCCUUAUCACAACAAGAGCGGCUGGAGAAGCUGAUGGAGGCUUCAAUGAGGCUGGCAAUAGAUAGAACUGAAAACUGUCUGCAGUCUGUGCCAAAUGCAUCACUGGAGUUGUUUCAAAAACAAGUUGAGUGUAUCCACAAAGAAUGGGCUUGUGUGGCCAAAAACAUUCAAAGUGAACCACAUGAUCAGCAACUCCAUGCCACCACAAGCGGUUCAAGUGACCCUGCAGUGCAGAAAUCCAUGGAGAAAAUGCAAAAAGCCAUUGACAGGCUCCAGGCUGAAAGUGAAUCUUGGGAAGCGCUCUUGAGCAAACACAGGGAUAAAGCAGUAGAAUUGGAAAGGAAAAUGGAGCAGGGCCAGGAGAGGGGCGUAGCUUUAGACUCGACAUGUGUUUCCCAGUCUUCACAGUACCAGUUCCUACAGAAUAAACCUGACUACCAGGGUGUCCUCUGUAGACAGCAGCCCAUCCUGCACACUAUUACUAUGAUUAUGGACACUCAGUUUAAGAUUGUUCGAGAGCUUCGGUCCUUGGCAGAGCAAUCACAGUUAUGUAUGAAAGAGACAAGUGGCAGAUUAGCGGCAGAGGCGGGAUUCCAGGCUCUCUCACCUGACAUCAGGAACCUCAUGGAUGUGCCAUUAUCCUCUGGAGCUACAUAAUUACUCUGCUUUCAGGGCAGAUGGACACAACGCCGAUCGAUCCUUUGAUGGAACAAGGUCUUCGAGCUAUGUUAUGAAACGUGUAUUUUAUGCUCAAUUUUUUGGAUGACUUCAGAACAUAGCGCUUUUCUAGUAAACUUUUUAUUAUUAUUAUUAUUAGAAAGUGAACUCUAACUUCAUAUUUUCCACAUCAAAUAAAUUCAUUCUAGCUUUAAUGGCAGAAUGGUAAUUGGUUUACUCCCAGGUAAUCGGUGUGUUUGACCAGCAGGUGGCAGUGUCAGUCUGUCCAGAACUGGCUAGCCUAGUACAUAGCCAGCCUGGAUUUUUCUGUUCUGCCUGAAUGAGUCAGUCACCUGUAGUAACAAUAAUACCUGAAGCUGGCUUCCCCAGAAGAUUAACUGGAUGAGAGCAUUCAAAAAGACACUGUGCUUAUCUUGCAACACAAGACAAAAAGCAAAUCUG